GUCGCAUGGCGGUUUUUGUUGUUGUUUUUGACAAGAAUUCAACGUCGCAAAUCGUCCUGACGCGCCGUCGAGCAGUUCAUAUUUAACAUCCUGCUGCGAUUAUCGCUCCACGGACGCCACUUUUAUCGACUCGGACGUCCUCUGAUCGAGCUUACGUCCAGCUAGCGGGCACCGAGCGCCUAUGGCGUCAUUGUGGCGGCGACCUACUCAUCAGGUACUGCGCGCGGCGCGCACUACGAGAGUCUGGUCCGCCAGUCCGUCGCAUCGAAGCUCUUAGAAUCGCUACACCCUCCGCCUGAGAAUCUCUCGAAGAAAACCUGAAAGCGUCGUCGGGCGACAUCAUUCAACGAGGCUCAGUUUCCGCAAACUUGUUCAAAUUGCUUGUGCAGGGCGACUUUCACUUUUCUCGGGUGACCACUAGCCGUUUCGUCCAACAUCCUCCAGAGUAAGAGAGGAAAAAGAAGAAACCAUGGCUAGCGGCGGCAUCUCAAGAUCGGGUCGUGUUCGCAAGAAGUCGGCCAAGUUAAUGGAAAUGGAAGAUUGGGACGCGUUCGACCUGAACGACGCACCUUCGAAGGGCAAAAAGAGGCCGCGGUCGGACGAGCCGGACCCGCUGGUCGAGCCGCCGGAGAAGAAAGUGGCUCCCAUCAAGAUCGCCAAGGCGGCGGCGACCAAGGCGGCGCAGUCGGCGGCGAGCCCCGUCAAGGCGAGGGCCGUGGACGGGGUGAUACACCUGAAGAACCUGCAGAACAUCCAGGAGUCCGGCUACCUGAACGUUCCGACGGCCCCUAAAGCGGUGCCCGUGGCUCAGCACCAGCAGUUGUACGGCUCCAGCAACGUCGGGGACGAUUCAUCAAGUUCAUCGUCGGAGUCCAGCGAGACCAGUUCAGAGGAAGAUUCAGAUUCGGAUGAUUCAAUGGAGUAUGGUCGGCCACUUCCACACAUUCAGAUGCAGCAGCAGAAGGGCAAAAAGCCGACAUUCCAAAUGCUUCCUCAGGCCAAGGCUGUGGCGGCUGGUAACACAGACUUUGAGGCCAGCCAGCAAGCUAGACAGCGAGCCAUGCACCACAUGGAACCCAGGGCCGACAUGAUCAACGUCGAGGAAAGUGACGACGAUGAUGACGACGAUGACGACGACGAUGAUGAUGACGACGACGACGACGAUGAUGACACACGAGACUCCCACCUGGUGAUUGCAGAAGACGAGCGACGGCCACCGCCCAAGCGGGGCGGGACAGCACCAUCCGCGAGGGGAAAAGCGAGCGCUGCCCCCAGGGCCAAGGCUAGCCGCCCAGUCAAGAAGACCAUCGACGAUCCGGAGUAUGAGGAACCUGCUCCCAAAAAGGGCACCAAGAAACCUGCCACGCCUAAGGCACCAGCCGCGUCCAAGAAGGCGCCUGCCAAAGAGAAAGCGAAGACAAGGCCCAUGACUGCGUACAUGUUGUGGUGCCAGGAAUAUCGUCGCAGGAUAGUCAACGACAACCCUGACCUGGAUUUUGUCUCUAUAAGCAAGAAGCUAGGAGAAGCCUGGAAGAUGCUACCAGAAAAAGAGAAAAUUGCAUGGCGCCGUAAGGCCAAAGUUCCGGCCACCAAAGGUUCUAUGCUGAUCAGCACGGGACGGCCGUCAAACACGGCUGCGUCAACGCCAGCCACGACCACCGCUCCUUCCACAACCACCGCGGCUACCGCGCAGGGACGGGCGUCAGGUGGAGCCACGAAAGCUGCUCCCUCGGCAGCCACGACACCGGCCACAACUCUGGUUUCGGCUCAGGAAGAUGCCAGGGCAAUGGCUUCUACGGGGGAGGGCCCGCGGUCGCUUGGCAUUGGCCCAGUCGACGUAGCCGCUCACCUGAAGCUCCUGGGCGAGUCACUGAGCACCAUAGGCCAACGACUGACCGAGCACGAGGGCCAGAUAGCAGUGUCAGGGAGUCUCUCUGUCUUGCUCGACUCAACGCUGUGCGCCCUGGGCCCACUGCUCUGUCUGACGGCCGUCGGAAAGGAGAUGAACGGAUGUUCAAAGGAAACGCUCACCAGGAUUCUCAACAACAUCGCCUACGUCAUGCCUGGCCUCUGAACCUGCUCUCUGGCCAAACCACAGAGAUGGCUACCACCUCCAUCAUUUGCAGCACUGUCCUCUUGCGCAGCACAACGUAGACGGCAUGCGAAGUCCGCUAGUGCGCUCUUCCAUACAUCACGUCUGACCUAACCAACAUGGCCGAGCUCUCGCACUAGCAUCGUAAAUGAGCAGUCGGAGUGGUCAAUCCAGAGCCACCACCAUCCCUGCAGCCCUCCGUUCCUCGCAACAUCCAAGAUUUCAAAGCACGCUUCUCAUCGUCAACAGUGCUACUAGUGGGGAGCCCAUUCGCCUUGCUCAGGGCAAGCUUAGGUGCACGGAAAGCCUGCUUACCAAAUUUCACGUAUCGUCCACUUGGCACCAAGAGGCGACUUGUCGGAACUUCAGUGUUGCUUUCUUCCAUUGCUCCAAGCACAAAAUGACGAAGCUUAGACAAUGAUUUUGCAUCGUGCAACAUCCAAUUGUUGAGUUCCAAUUGUCACAUUUUUCUAUGUAUGCCAAAGUGGAGUGAGCGCGUUACCAAAAUCAGCAUGUCUGCCACUUUUCCCAACUUCUUAUUCGUGGUUUGUGCGAACGAGCUUGUGCAUUGUCAAUUUCGCCUUGAGGGGGUUUGCAAAUCUUACACUUUUGCCACACUCAGUGCUUUUAUGUGCCAGUUGCAUGCAUCUUGAAAAUCGGGACGUCCUGUAUUCCCAUUACUACUGAACUUUGUGGUUCUUUUCUAUCUUCUCAUGGCACCCUGUGAUGUCAAAACAAGUGGGGUAAAAUUUUAUCAACUGAAUUUGUGGCAGCCGACUCGUACUCAUUACGGAAAGCAGCAACUUUGAAUAUUGACAAAAUGUACAUAGCACUUUGUACUUGCCAUGCAAGUUGUCUUUUUCUUUCCCCCAAUAGUGAAGCACAUUUUUGAUGGCUGUUUUGGCUUCAUCUUCCUCUUCUCAUUCAAUUCACAUUAAAGGACUACCGACAACA